AUGGAUGUGGAGUUGGUGAAAGGGCUGUUGGAAGCCAUCCGAAAUGCAAUGGUUUCAAAUAAGCGGCACGACGACGUAGCGGUGCCAAUUAUUGAUCCGGACAAAAGCAACUACGGAGCAGCUGCCUGGUGCGAAAGCUUCGAUAAGUUAGGAGAAGAGUUUAAAUGGAGCAGCUUUGAGAAGUUUGUAAAAGUCGGUAAGGCCCUUCGGGGCUCUGCAUUAUCCUGGUUUGAAACGUGGGAGUCUGACCUUUUAAAUUUUGCACAAAAAAACGAGAACGAAACUCAACAGCAUUAUUAUUUAUUAGGAAACCAGCCCUUCCCCGACAGAGUUGAAUAA